AUUGAUAUUACGAAGGGAGAAUGGUGCGUUUAUGCUUACGGUAUAAAUACAACAGACGCGCAAGUUCCAAUUAUUAGAUCUUUCUUGAAUCUUGACAAAUUCACCACGCCAGUAAAAUUAGUAGUGCUUAGCAUUAAGUUAUUAGAGAAGUGAAGGAAAGAAAAGAGUGAAUAAAGGCGAUAAAAAAGUGAUAUUGACAGUUGACGGAAAUUUACAAAUAAAGGGGGGCUUUAUUUUAAAAUUGACAGAUGGAUCAAUUGCAUUGUUCAAGGACAAUUUUUUCUGUAUCAUCGAUGACAAUAUUAAUCUUAUGGUGGGUUUCAACAUUAUUAGUAAUGUCAAUGAGUGACAAAGUAACAGCUACCAUGAUUAUGGAUAAAAAAUUAUCACGAUUAUCACCGAUUGAUUGCGAAAAAUAUGUUUAUCAUCCGCAAUGUCGAGGAGUGCAAGCUAAAAAAAGGUUGAGUUUUGAGAUGAACAGUGAUGAAAAAAAAGAUGAAAAUAGGAUGUUAGAUGAAGAAGGCAAUGACAAGACAGUAGAGGAAGAUGAAAAACCAAAUAUCUGUGUUUGUAAUUAUAAAACAACCAACUGGAGUCCAUUGAUGAAAAAAAAGAAAAAUUUGGAAAUGUUUGGUCAUUUAAUUAGAAAUAGGAUAUUUAAGGAAAGUAAUAAAAGAGAUGUCGAGAUGAGACCUUUAUUUGAUGAAGAAAGAUUAUCGCCGUGGAUUGUAAUGAGAAAUGGAAAAUCAAAUCCUGAUGACAUUAGAGAGGAAAUUAGCAGAAGCAAAAAAUUUUCAGCAAUAUCAAGGAAACUGAAAAAAAAAUGGGACAAUAAUUUAAACUCUUCAUAUGUGGUCUAUGUAUUUGUAUGAAUGUCAAAGAUUUCAUGAUAAAUAAUAUGGUAGAUGAAUUAUUUAUAAUGUAUUUAAUCUAUUACAAAAAUAGCUAUUUAACAUAACUAAACAAGUGUUUGUUACAGUGAAAGAUACUGAUUAAGUGAAAUUUCCAAUUCAUGUGUAUGAUUUUAAAUAUGGUAUUAUAUGCGUUACUUACAUUUCGAUUUCCAACAAUAAAAAAAAAACAUUGUAACUUAUAUGUAUAUACCUGGAAGCUUAGUAAUUUUGUUUCAU